UCUUUUUUUUUUGUCGUUUGUUGGUGGUUUUUUGUCGAUUGCUUUUAUCCUGUGGUUGAACCCGCUCGUGCUGAUCACUGGCACUCAUUCACUGCGUUUUGACAUUUUGUCACUUAAUAAUGCUGGGAAUUCUCGUUCCCGAAGCAGCCCAUACCAGCUUUUAUACAUUUCUGCUCUCAACGAAGGGAUGGAAGGAGGGGCUUCUCUUGCUUUGUCUGAUCCUGCUGCCUGUUGUCCUGAUGUCAUGCCGACCCCACCUCGCCCUUCCUUUCGGUCUCGAGUUCCACCCUCCCCUCUGUUGUGCGUUUGAGCAGGCUGCUCCUUUUGACCAGUCUGAACAUGGCCUGUUUGUUUGUCGGGCUGAUGAGUCGCCCCCUUGAAGCUUUCCCAAAACGAAACAGGACAUCCUGUUUCGAGUCAGGGUUGUCGUGAU